AUGGAUCCUUUCUCCUGGAUUGGUGCAAUCUCAGGAGUUCUUCAGAUCACGCAGGUUAUUUCUCAGACGGCUAUAGGGCUGUCCAAGCUAAAGGGGAAAUUCGAUAAUGCCGACCUCACCAUUCAAUGUCUCAUCGGAGAGCUGGCGACCAUCAAAUCUGCGGUAACUCACUUGGAGGAUUGGGCCCGAUUCAACGUCCGCGAUACAACAGAGUCCGAGGAGUAUAUUGAGGGAUUAAAUGUUGCACUCGAUGGCUGCCGGGCGGUCAUGGAGCAUCUUGGGGAUGAGGUGACGUCCCUCACUCAGACCGUCACAGGACAAGCCACUGUGAUCGGCUUCCGAGCUCGUGUCAAGGUCAUAUGGAAUGAAGACGUGAUGCGAGGUCACCAGGAACGACUUCAUGCGCAGGUUGUAGCGUUGCAGUUGCUCCUACAGGCGUGCCAAUGCCGCUACAGUCGAUCGUCAUCUGAACAAGUUGAGCUGUUACGGAGAGCGGAAAACCGCCAGAUUAUUCAAAAAGUCGCAUAUGAUACAGCCACUCUUCGAGGUUCCAGCUAUGCAGGUUCCCGUGUACUCAGUUCAAAUUGGAGCUUUUAUCAGCCCUCUAUCAGCCAAGCUGCCGCUGAUGUGGACAGAACAUUUGCAGAAUCUCCCUCAUUCCAUCGACCACUCCCGCACCUCCGCUCGAAAUCCGAAAGUUGGUCAUCUGCAAGCCAGAAAGGCGACUAUGAAAGGGAUACAGAUGAAGGAUACGCAAGUGGAGCCACAGCCAGUCCCAGCUUGUCUCAGACGAAUAGCGUUUCACUGCCGAUUCGUUCUUACAACUCUAUGAUUCUGGGGAAUGGACAUAGCAAAAGCAUGACAUAUGGGAGCGCACCUGGCCGCCAAUUGAGUCAAACGCAAGUUCAAAGAUCCCAUUCGAGUACGAAUCCACCUUUAAGCCCCCAAUCCCCGCUGGGAUCCAAGCGUGGAAGUGUCGUUCGAUCAAUGCUUCGGAGAUUUAGCCGAAGCAAUCUGACAUCAUCGGCUCUAUCAUCUCCAGCUAGAAGCUUGACGGCAUCGAAGACGACACGUGCAAUGAGUAAGAAGGACCUUGAGCCGAGCAUUGACCUCGCAUCCCCAGAAGGAGCAGCAGCUCCCAUGAUUGUGAAGUUAGCCCAGUCAGGAAGUCGACCAGACGUUGAGAUGCUCAUAGAAAGUGGCCAUGGAGUUGAUAGUCGGCAUUUUAGCACCCGUAGAACCGCAUUAUUAGUGGCAGCGCAUUGCGGGCAUGAGUCGGUGGUUGAUUUGUUGAUCCAAAAGAGAGCAAGACUCGAUGUCGUGGAUGCUGGGGGCUCGACGGCCCUCCACUUAGCUGCAUCUCGCGGUCAUUGCAAUGUUCUUCGACUACUCCUUGAGCAUUCAAUGACCGAAGUAUGCGAUGCCCAUGGCAGAACAGCCCUCUGGGUAGCGGCUCAUCGAGGGCAGCUUGAAGCCUUGCGCUUGUUGAUCGCCAACCACGCCAGGGUGAACGUUCGAGCAGACAACCAUAUGACAGCCCUUCAUACGGCCGCAAAGCGGGGUGAUGAAGCAAUCAUAGAGCUUUUAAUCGCAUGUGGUGCAGAUAUAGAAGCGAAAGACGGAGCCAUGAUGACGGCCUUGCAUUAUGCGUGCGAAGAGGGUCACCUCGGCGCGAUCCGACUCCUUCUGGACGGUAAAGCUACUAUCGACGCGCUGGGGAGUGAUCGAAGGACACCGCUCAUCUGCGCCGCAGCAAUGGGAAGAUUUGCGGCAACACAAGAGCUUCUGAAGCGCAAAGCAUCAGUUCGCUCUGGUGACGAUGCUUCUAUGACUGCUUUGCACUGGGCUGCGUUCAAUGGACACACCGAAGUUGUGGAGCUCUUGAGCAGGAAGAAAGGUGCGCUAGCCGAGUGCAAUAAACUAGGGCGUACAGCGCUGCACCUUGCGGCUAUGAAUUCCCGUUUUGCUGUGGUAGAGUCACUCUUGCGCAUGUCCAUACCAGUGGAGACGCGAUGCUUGGAUGGCCUUACCCCUUUACAUUACGCUUGCUUAGCGAACAAUCUCGAGAUCGUCCGAUUGCUACUGAUCAGCGAUGCGGAUGUCGAGGCUCAGACAGAUACGGACCAACGAAGGCCCGUUCAUAUCGCGGCUGCUCACGGGUCCAUGGGUUUGCUCAACCUUCUGAUUGACAAAGGAGCCUCCCUGGAAGCUAGAGACUCUAUGGGCGACCGGGCUCUCGGGGUAGCCUGUCGGUAUGGCCAUGCUGCAGCAGUCCAAAAUCUCCUUGGUCGAGGUUGUCCCUUAUACUUGAAGUUCGGCGAUAAAUCGCAGGAAGAUUCUCCGCUGUGCCUAGCAGCAAUGGGAGGACAUCUCCCAGUAGUAUCGCUACUGCUUCAACAUGGCGCCUCUGUUGUGAAGAAAGACGGGUUUGGAUGGCAACCCCAUCAUUAUGCCGCGUAUAAUGCACAUCCUGAUAUUCUUGCCCUGCUACUUUCGCACGGACCCGUGUCGGCCAGCGACGGGACGGAGUUUGGCCAGGACGCCUCUCGAAUCGGCUUCGCACCUCAUGCAGGUAUCUCCGAGGAGCAGAAGGAACAGAUCCGGGGCUUGUUGCACCGGGAUGGCACGCAACUCGAAGGACAGACUCAAAAUAUGACCUUCCAGGGGACCCAACCUAUAGUAGGGACAUGUAAUGAUACCCCAGGCGUCCCUUCAAUACAUGUACAAGCUCAACCAACACACUCUAGCACAGCGAUCUCGGCUGUAGCUCCGCAAGAGUUGCCUGUUACACUCGAGCAAGGGCUCCCUGCGAGUCGGUCCGCUACUCCAGAGCAUAUGCGCCGGGGGGGAGCUCUCGACUCGGGAAGGAUUGGGAAUCCGGGAGACUCAUCCCAGAUGAUAAGUUUUGAGCCGGUUGGCGCUCAAUCUGACGGUGGUUUUCCGCCAUCUUUCUACUCUAUGCCGUAUUGGAGAGGCACCCCGGUCUCCGCUGUUCAUAAAAGGGAGGCCGAAGUCGAAGUGCUUGCACCGGAACCGACUGGCGGACCGACUUCAAGGUCUCCCAAUCCACGGUUCACGUCUUUUGUAACCACAUUUGACGCAGUGAACAGCGCUGGAGACCUCGCGAGUGACACGGAUUCAGAGUCCUCGUCUUCCGUAUACACUGCCCCUGAAAGUUAA